CUUUAAAAGACAGAUGUAAAGAAGGCUUUCAGAACCUCUGCCUUUUCCUUAUCCUCAGUGGUCACAUUCCCAGCUUCAUCCAGCAAAGAGUGAAUAUUCUCCUUUGUCCUCCUCUUACUGUUUGGGAACUUCACUGACCAGUUAACAGAAGCGCUGAUGUCAGAACCCACCUACUGCAGAAACUAAGGAAAUGAUGCUGAGAGCACUAGCGAUAGAGCAGGCAAAUACAAAAACGUGGGCAAUUUUGUUGCAAAUGCUGUGUACAGCAUCAGUGGCAGAACUGUUAGAAAAGGUAAAACAGACGAGCAGUGAUGCCAGCUCUGCUUUGGUGGCUAAGGUGGUAGAGACCUCAGUUAUGGCCUCUAUGGAAUCACUUACUGCCGCUCUGGCUGCAGCCUUGAAACCAUUAGGGGAGGCAAAAGGAAAGGCAGCGAAGAGGGUUUGUUUCAAUGUGGAGAAGGAGGGUCAUUUGAGGUGGGAUUGCAGGACAAAAAAAUCAUCAAAAAAAUUUGAUGUGAGAGGUGCCGAAAUAACUUGUACACAACAGAUGCUUGUCAGACGGGUUUGGGAAACUUGUGGAAGAGCGCCCUGCGUUAGGGCGCAAGGACACAAGUACAGGCACAGGCCAUUUACAACCUGCUGCAGGUCCCCAAGCAGGACAUGCACUUGCGACUGCGACACCUCCUGUAGCUGGAGGUAGAAGGCCUCAUCGACAGGCUCUGGCUGAUCUGGUGACCUGCAGUAGACACUCACCACAAGACUCCCUUUGAUGCCUUGGUCUCUGACUGUCACCCUUAGGCUGUCGACUUGCUCAUGACUGCUCUUUAGGGACACCUCUUUAUCUUCUAUUCCCUUCCUGAUGGAGACAGAAACACCCCCUCUCCUCCUCCCCCCACUCUCUACUACGACCAGAAGGGAGGUUGUAGCAAGGUGAGGGUUGGCCUCUUCUCCCAGGUAGCAGCAACACGAUGAGAAGGAACAGCCCUAAACUGCACCAAAGGAGGUCCAGGUUGGACGCGGGAAAAUGUAUUCUUUGAAAGAAUGGCGAAGAUCAAGAAUGGCACUGGAACAGGCUGGGCCACACAGGGAGGCUGGCAGACGACGCUUGCGGUGGAGGAGAUGGUGGCAGAGAGCAGUGGCACCAGAGCCAGGUGCUGAGAGACAGGCAGCCACCAAGCAGAGCAGCCCUCGGCGUGAACCUUUGCGCUCCUGCAGUAAGGCGGACCAGAGGCUGUCAGGGCUGCCUGGCUGCCAGCCUGGCACAGCCAAAGUAGCGCUGCUAAAGGACAGCUACACUCAAACGGACAUCACAGGCCUGUGUGUAGCUGACACUAAAUGUAUCAGAUGCCAGAGACACAGUGCAGUGGCUACCGUCAUCUCAAAACUGUGUCUCAGUCAGGCACGAUCCAGGAAGAUCUCCAUGCACAUAGCCAGAAAAUGCCUGGAGAUAAAGCUUCGAUUCUUCCCUGUGAGAGUGAGGAAGUCCAUAGAACUGCUGCAACGUUUACAGCAAACACAGGGUGCCCCAGACUGCACACUCAAGAAGAAGUACCCCCUCGAUCGUGACCGGAUCAGGCGUGCGGCCAGGGCACCAGGAUCCCGCCCGAUUCCCACCUACUUCCAUAGCCGGGAGGCUUUGUUCCUGUCCGAGGAGGAGCGUGAGAAACUGGAGCUGCACAUCCGCGCCAAAAAGCUGGAGUGUCUGUGGUUCCGCCUCCCUCGUUCUCGUACCCGGCAUCCAUCAGAGUCCUCGGAGACAGAGUCCACCUGCACAUAUGUGACUGCACCGUCUGAGGACUGGACCAAGGAAGAUUGUACUGAGGCAGGCCCCAAAAGACACAGGUGGUGGCCCUGGUGGAAGACGUGCCCGAGGGGACUCAAGAGGGUCUGGAGCACCCAUGCAGAGUGCAGCAGCCCCCCACCUGCCAGUUUAACAUCGUAGGGGAAGAUGUAACCAUGAACAAGUCAGCAAAGACCUUAUGAGACUGUUUGGUACACCUUAUCACUGUGAAGCCCUGGAAGACCAGAGCAUGAGACAAAGGGCAAGCAUUGUCUGUUUGCAUCCAAAUGUGGACAGCAGGAUCUUUUGAUAUGCA